GACCCCAAUUGGAACAACAGAAAGGCUUGUGUGUAUCAGCUCGGCUUUGUGCUACUCCUUGGGAGGAUCUACAACGUGGAGAAGGUAUACAUUUAUGACCCUAAAAUUGGGGAAGUGGACCAGGCUGUUUGCGGCCGCUUCAACAUAGAGGUGUUGUCCCCUUGUGAGGAAGAGCGUCCCGUGGACGAGGGAGCACACAGUGAGGAAGCACCGAGAGUGGAAGCACCCAGCGGGGAAGCGCACAGCGAGGAAGCACACAGCGAGGAAGCACACAUAGUCGAACCACACAAAGUAGUACCACCCAGCGGGGAAACACCCAGGGAUGCACCUCCAAAAGAGGAGAAAGACGAUGAGACGAGCCACACCAUUGCAAAAACAGGUGCGCACGAACGGACGCUGGUGUUCAUGCCCCACUGCGAUGUCAGUCUGUACAGCCAAGUAAUGCACAACAUAUAUAUUAAUGAAAAACUGAGUUAUGCUAAGCUCCACUUUUUACUCACCUUGGAGAAAACAAUUUUUAUGGGCAACUCAUUUGCUUACUACAGAGAACACACCUACAUGUACAGACCAUUUGGAAUACCUGCCUAUGCCAUUCGCCUGUUGAGAAGAAGCGGAGGAACUACUCUCCUGGAAAAUGCCACUGAGAGCAGUCUUAAUCGAUUAGAGCAGUUUUACAAAAAGGAUCACUUCCUUUUUUACGUCCACAAGUAUGCAAAGGAGGAGAAGUUCCCCAUUUUCGAUGAGCACGUGUCUGCUUUUAACGACAUGGCCAUAAUAACGUUUGGCUCCAUGCCUGACAGAUUCAGCUUUUGGUUGGACAUUUGGAAGGAGGUGACCUCUGGGGGGCCCAACUAA